CCUUGUUAUGUUGAAUAGCAUGAUAGAUAGCAAAAUAUUUUGAUAAUUUUGGCGUGAACCAAUCCAUCCUAACGAGCGCUCCAAGCUGGAAGACAACCCUUUUGCUCUGGCCAUCCAGCAUGUGGACUGAAACUGACUUAUGCCGACAAUGUGCCAAAAACGCUAGCGAAGUCGUGCCGUUGCAGGCACGAAGUGAGCAGACAUUUACAGCUGUAUGGUCGGCACUGCGAGCCUGGCUGGUGGCGCUGUUCGCGAAAUGCCGGGGCGGAAGCAUCCCCAACUUUGCGCGCUUCGCGUGGCAUCAUGCUGGAGUUGCCGCUGACGGCUCGUUUACUUUACGUCCCUCUUUUGUGCUAAGCGAUGCUUACGUGCGUUCGCACCAACUUAACUCCGGGUCGGGAGUGUUGCGCAUGUCGCACGUUGCGGAGUUGGAGCUGGAACCAUGCGAAGACUUCAAUGCCCUAAGGGUUGCUCUCAAGCACUCUCAGUCCCUCACCAAGGACAUUGUCUACAGCUGCUCUCGGCAGCUGCUCCAACAGCUGGGUCAGGCGCUUCGUUCCGGGCAACCGGUCUCAGUCAACAUGGGUGUGGGUGUGCUUAGCGGCCACAACCGCACCGUCAGCUUCGCCUUCAAGCCAACUUACCUGGUGCACGCGCCCGCACACGGGCCGACACCUCACUCGUCAGCCGCAACAGCCCAAAGCGGCGCCCUUGCUCAGGAGCGGUCCAGCAGACCCCAGCAGCUGCCAAGCCAUGCUGCUUCUGCGCAUGUGGGGGCUGGUGCUGGCAACGAGGACGUAGCACGGGAGGGCAGUUUUGGAG